CCUGGCCAACAGGGGGCGGCUUCAAACUCGGCGGUAGUACAACCGAAGAAGAACUGAGCUGAGCUAAACUAUUAGCGGUUUCGUACAGUCUCGCUAGUACGAAUUUAUCAAAUUUCACCGCACAGUAUCAGCUAUGAAAUUGUAUUGUUUGUCUGGUCACCCGACGUUGCCUUGCAAUGUUCUCAAGUUUAAAUGCACCACCAUCAUGCUGGACUGCGGGCUGGACACCACCUCAGCUCUGUAUUUCCUCCCUCUGCCUCUGGUGCACAGUCCAAGACUGUCCAAACUCCCAGGAUGGGUCUCCAAGGAUGGAACAGUGAACCUUGAGAAAGAGUUAAAGGAGUGUGCUGGUCGUGUAUUUGUGGACUCAGAGCCAGAGUUUUGUCUUCCUGAGAGAGAGCUGCUCGACCUGUCUACUAUCGAUGUCAUCCUGAUUUCUAACUACCACUGCAUGAUGGCUUUGCCCUACAUCACUGAGCACACCGGCUUCUCAGGCACCGUCUACGCCACCGAACCCACCUUCCAGAUCGGCAGACUGCUGAUGGAGGAGCUGGUUAAUUUCAUGGAAAGAGUUCCAAAGGCUCAGACUGCCACCUGCUGGAAGAACAAGGAAAUACAGAGGCUGCUGCCUGGGCCUUUGAAGGAUGCAGUGGAAGUGUGGUCGUGGAAGAAGUGCUACAGUAUGCAGGAAGUGAACUCUGCUCUCAGUAAAGUACAGCUGGUGGGCUACUCACAGAAAGUGGAGUUGUUUGGUGCAGUGCAGGUCACCCCUCUGAGCUCCGGGUAUUCCCUGGGCAGUUCAAACUGGAUCAUCCAGUCUCACUAUGAGAAAGUGUCCUAUGUCUCCGGCUCGUCCUUGCUCACCACACACCCUCAGCCUAUGGACCAGAGCUCUCUGAAGAACAGUGACGUUUUGAUCCUAACCGGCCUGACCCAGAUCCCCACGGCCAACCCAGACGGCAUGCUGGGAGAAUUCUGCAGCAACCUGGCCAUGACAAUCCGAGCUGGAGGGAACGUUUUGGUGCCGUGUUACUCCUCUGGUGUGAUUUACGACCUGCUGGAGUGCCUCUACCAGUUCAUGGAUUCUGCUAACCUGGGAAGCACACCCUUUUACUUCAUCUCACCUGUGGCCAACAGCUCGCUGGAGUUCUCCCAGAUUUUUGCAGAGUGGCUGUGUCAGACUAAGCAGUCCAAGGCUUACCUCCCUGAACCUCCUUUCCCACAUGCUGAGCUGAUCCAGACCAACAAGCUGAAGCAUUACCCAAGCAUCCACGGCGAUUUCAGCAGCGACUUCAGACAGCCGUGUGUGGUGUUUACAGGGCAUCCCUCACUGAGGUUCGGGGAUGUAGUGCACUUCAUGGAGCUGUGGGGCAAAUCCAGUCUCAACACCAUCAUCUUCACCGAGCCUGAUUUCUCCUACCUGGACGCUUUGGCACCCUACCAGCCACUGGCCAUGAAGUGUGUGUACUGCCCCAUCGACACACGCCUCAACUUCCACCAGGUUUCCAAACUUCUGAAGGAGGUUCAGCCACUUCAUGUGGUAUGUCCAGAGCAGUACACUCAGCCUCCUCCCUCUCAGUCUCACCGGUCUGAUCUGAUGUUGGAGCUGCAACCUCCACCUCUGCCCUAUAGCCGAUGCUCCGUUCUCAAUCUGCCCUUCCACCGCACGUAUGAACGUGUCCACCUUCUGCCCGAGCUUGCUAAAACUCUUGUACCCUCUGAGAUUAAACCUGGCAUCUCUGUGGCAAACGUGUCGGCAGUUCUACAAUCCAAGGACAAUAAGCACCUCCUCCAGCUGGUGCCCAAGCCUGCUCCUGUAGCUCCAAGUAAGAAGAGGAAGAGGCUGAUGGAGGAGGUUCCUGAGCUGUCGAGCCCGAAGCCCCUGCUGAGCGGAGAUGUGCCUCUGGAGGCCUUCCUCGCCUCACUGCACAAGGCAGGAGAAAGGAUGUGGGAUUUGAGAAUUAGACCCCUGAUGGCACUCCAAAUUGAGGCAGAGAGGUGGAGCACACACAGAUUAAACUGGAAAGAGAGUAGCUAUAACACCAUCAGCGUGGACUGAAAGAACACUACUUAUUAUUUUUCAUGGCUGCAUUAAGGAAGUUUGGAAAUUCUAGCAGCUUCCGAGAUUGUCCAAAAUAUGGGUGUUAUUAAAAAACUUAUUUUUACUGUUUAAUGUUGUGGAUUGUUUUCAAAACAAGUUCCUGUUAACACUUACAUUAUAGCAGACACUCCCUCACAAGUCUCUCUUUUUCUCUCUUGAAGUUAAAAAGACAAGAAAACGCAGCUUUUCAGCUGGUCCUGAGACUCCCAAACCCUCCGUCCUCAAGACUUUCUCAUGUCCGAAAACAGCUUUAAUUCUGUUACUAAGCGCUGACACUGGAGACUAACUCCAAAAAUUCUAAAUAAACAUCUCCUCACACAAAAAUUAACCAUAUCAACAAUUAGACCCUUUUUUUUAAUUUUAAAUCUGUUUGUGUUCACCAUGUGUAAGCAACUUAUAGAAAUGAAAAAUGUAUUAAUAAGAAUGUGUUAGCAUAAGCCUUGGAUUUGCCCUGGGGCCAGAAGUAUUGUCAGGGCUGCUGUUACAGAAAAUUGAUCAACACUUUCUGACCAAUCGGAAUUCAGAAGAACUGUGGUAUAAGUUUCAUUAAUUAAAUGCAGAGUGACAAACUGUGGACGAUAAACAAUUUGUAAAAGGACCACAGAAAAUAAUUCUGCACCAGAUCUAGCACACCUGAUGUUCAAAAACGUUGACUGGUUGGAUUGAUUGGGUGAAGCAUUGCAGAUCAGAGCUGAAGCUAAACAAAUGAGCAUUGCAACCAUUUCACUUUAGCAUUUAAAAAAUAAAUAAAUAAAUAAAAAUAAAACAGUUCACCAUCCUGUAAAGGUGCAACAGCAAGAGCCCCAACAGAUGAGCUGAUCUUUUUCUGCUGUAUGUGCAGGAUUAAGUGCAGAGAGAAAGUUUGUGAACUUGUUUUUAUCUGGGAUAAAGUGGGAUCUGGGCUUGAUCCAAGUUAUAUAGGUUAUCUGUUGUAUAUAAGGCUGCCCUCUCAGGCUGCAUAGCUAAGAGUCGUGGGAAAGAAGGUGUUCUGAACUCCUCCUGAGACUUAAAGGUGCGUAGUAAGCACUAAAACAUACAGCACGUCUUCAAUCACCAGCUAAUUAAAAGUGCAGCGAGUCCUCUUUAGUCAGGGUCAUAUGGCAGGCCUUUAACAUCGCUGCAGAAAAUACUGCAGCACACUCACCAUCCAGUUUCAUUAGUGCGUGAUCGAUAUGCUAACUGCCUGUGGAAAGCUGGCAGGAUUAGCUAUGUGUGUGUGUGUGUGUGUGUGUGUGUGUGUGUGUGUGUGUGUGUGUGUGUGAGUGAGUGUGUGAGUGAGAGAGAGAGAGAGACCUAGGACGAUGCUGCUGAAGAUUGCAUAUCAUAAACCCAAUACAGUCAAACUCUAUGAACACUUUAUUGAAUUAGCUGUGCGAGCCUUAAUGCAUUAGUUUAGUUGGUUUAUGCAAAACACAGCACACUGGCAUCAAAACCUUAUCCAACUGCAAAGAUAUGGUGUAUAACAGCAUGGGGAAAUCCACAGAGUCUGGGCAGUGAAACAUAACAACUCAGAUCAGAGCAAUUAAAUUGAUUCAAAAGAAGAAAGACUGGAAUUUAUAGUGGCCAAGUUUAAUUUAUUAUAUAUUUUUUUAAACAUUGGUGGAAAUCAUCAAAAGUAUUAUAUUUAUUAUUGAGUUGUCAUAGUUAUUAGCCUGUUUGACUGAUCAUUUGAAUGGAAUUGGUUACAUUCAAACCUCAAUAAUUAAAAAAAAGGAAUGUUCAGGAACAAAAAGCUCCAAAAAAAAUAGUACUGUACACAUUUAAAUAAUGAGUAAUAAUAAGUAAUAAAAUAAUAUUAUAUUAUAAUAAUAUUUGAAUAUUUGAAUUAUUUCAUAAAAUAAGUGUGGAUGUGUAAAAUGUGUAGAUGUGUAGAAAAUAUGUAAAAAUAUGUUUAAAAAAAUGUGUAAAAUUUCACAGUUAAAUGGGUCCCUGGCUAGAAAAAUUUUGAGAAGUUAUUCCUGGGCUAAAUUACCUCCUAGGUCAAGCAGCAUAAAAAAAAUCUAAUUCAGCACUGCAAAAAAAACAGUAAGGUGAAUAAGGUGAUUUUGUUACUGGUUACUGUUUAUGCACAUGCAAGUUUGAAUCAAGUAAUGUUGGAAAAUAUGAUAAACUGCACAGAUACUAUGUGCAGACUAUAGUAUAUUAUAUAGUAUAAUAUAUAUACUAUCGGGUAACAGCAUUGCCAGCCCCCGCUCACCAAGACGCAGGGAACACAGGGUAAUAAUGCAGAUCAAGUCACAAUAUUAAAGCCAAAUGUGGGAGUGACACAGGGGAUUCAGGUCCUGCAGAUCGGGUAAUGAUGUGUAAUGCAAAUGUGCUAACGAUGUGAAUGACGCUGGGAAGUUUAAGAAUGAGAAGUGGGACACAGAUUAAGUCAUAUCCCUAAAAUCAAGGCAGUUUUUUUUCAUAAGCUGUUUUUUGUUCGCCAAAUCACAACGAAGCAAAACUGAAAACGAAUAAUAACAUUAAUUAAAUUGCAGCUAUAAGCUAGGCAGAAACACACACACACACACAUUUUGUUUUUUUGCAAAAUUCUGAUGUCUGAUGUAUGUCCUGAGCUUGAUGUAUGUCCCAGAAUUGUCCUGCAUACAGUUUUAAAAAAAAAAAAAAAAAAAAAAAAGGUGAAGUCAGGAAUAUUUCAUUUCUUUAUCAUUACCAUUGCCUGCAGUGUGGAAACUACUGAGUCAGAACACGUCUGAGGUCUAUUUGCAUGUCGUGGCUUAGCCAAAUUAUAAAAUGCAAAGGUACAUUAAGUACAGACGCAGCACUGGAGCAGGUUUGCAUUUAGCUUCUAGAACUGUCUGUCCAAAGUGCAAUCGACAGAGAAAUUGGAGAGACCGAUUUCUUUUGGAAUUCAGUACAGUCAUAGGGUAUUGCAUUUUACAUGAUUUAUAAUACGUUACUUGUACAUAUACUACUCUUAUUCUGUUAGUAUACUCUCUACACAGCUUGUAGGCACUUUUAAAAAUCAUCAUAAAUUAUCCUUUCAAAUUUUUGUCAUCUUUAAUUUCUUUUAUAUACUUUUUUUAGCAGGGACUUUUAUCUUUUCUUUUUCUCCAGUUGUAUUAAUAUUUGCUAUAUUUUAAUUUGCAUAUUGUUGUUGUUGAUAUUGUUGUGCCUGAGCUUCCACAACUCACUGUGCUU